GGCGUUAACAGUCCAAACCGAUUCGUAUGCGGAUCUCGUGGAGGAAGGUUGCAACUUCCCUCCACGAUUCUUCCUUUUUCUCACAGAUCUCCUUCGAAAAAUCGAACAAAAAACCGCGAAAGGAAAAGAAAAUCGCGAAAUCGAAGAGAUCAUCUCGAGCCACGGAAAGCUUCCGGUUGACGUGCCGGAAACCGCACAGGUCUUCCGAUUGAAUUUUCCAGAGCAGAAGUGGCGGCAACGACGCGAACGGGACGAAAGUGUUGAAAGUGGUAAUGUGCUAGUGAGAGCAGUCGGGGAAGACAACCAGCAAGACACAGAAACUCUAAUCUAGUCGCUAUGACCAACAGCAUGAAGCAAACGGUUAUCAAAAAUCCGACAUGGUGGAAGAGGCGAUCCGGUUUGGAGCGCGGGUUAACGGUGAUAGCGGUUUCCGGGUUUCUCUUGUGCGUCGCUUUGGCGGUGGCACUCGGAAUUUUGGCGGCCAACACGACAUGCAACGCAACGUCCAAAAACGAUCCUGUUAAUGUAGAGGUGCUACCAUCCACAGCCGAAGCGUUAAGCGGUUCGAAAACGUCGAAAGGCAUCUACACGGUGCACAAGGGUUCGGAAUGCGGCGAUAUCUGUCUGACGCCUGGAUGUGUUUCCACAGCCUCACAGAUACUGAAAAACAUGGAUCGUGAUGUGGAGCCCUGUGAUGACUUUUACAAAUUCGCCUGCGGUGGCUUCCUCGAGUCUACCAUCAUUCCCGACGACAAAGUCAGCGUGAAUACGUUCUCUAUCAUUGUGGAUGCACUCGAGGAACAACUACGAACCAGUAUCGAGCAGGACAGUUUGCCAAACGAGCCAAGGCCAUUUAAACUCGCUAAAGAAUUCUACAAAACCUGCAUGAAUAAAACUGUCAUUGAAGAACGAGGUUUGCAACCGUUGUUGGACAUUCUUAGGAAACUUGGUGGCUGGCCGGUUUUAGAUGGCGAACGAUGGAACGAGGGCGACUUUACUUGGAAAGAUUCUGUCUAUAAAUUCCGCAGAUUAGGCUAUUCCGUCGACUACUUCAUCGAUUUCGGAGUCAGCGUUGAUUUGAAGAACAAUUCGAGGCGCUUGAUUGAUCUUGAUCAAGCAGCCCUGGGUCUCUCGCGCGAGUAUCUAUCAAAAGGCUUCGACGAGAAAAUUGUUCAAGCAUAUUACAGAUAUAUGGUAGACAUUGCUAAAAUUCUCGGUGCUAAUCCAGAACGAGCUCGCACGGAGUUGAAGGAGUCGCUCGAAUUUGAAAUAAAGCUCGCGAACAUCUCCUUGCCAAACGAGAAACGACGCAACGUAACCCUCCUCUACAAUCCCAUGACCGUAAGUGAAUUGUCUGCGGCUUAUCCGAGCAUACCAUGGUGGGAAUACUUCAAUACUAUCCUCGCGCCGCAAGCGCAGCUUGGUCGAGACGAGAUAGUUAUCGUGAAUGUGCCCAGCUACUUGAAGGAUUUCGAACGACUCAUCAGCCAGACACCCAAGAGGGUGCAGGCGAAUUAUGCGCUCUGGAGAGCGGCCGCUGCAUCGGUCAGCUAUCUCACGGAUGACAUACGGAAGAGGCAGCUAAAAUACACGAUGGAGUUGAAUGGCAAAACGGAGAGAGAACCAAGGUGGAAGGAAUGCGUGGACAUUGUUUCUGGUAGCUUAGCAAUUAGCGUGGGCUCAAUGUAUGUGAGGAAGUACUUCAAGGAAGACGCGAAGAAGACUGCGCUCGAAAUGGUGGAUGAUAUCAGAGAGGAGUUUACGAAGAUCCUGAAGAAGGUGGAUUGGAUGGAUGAAAAAACCAGAGCAAGUGCUUUGGAAAAAGCGGCAGAUAUGACGUCACAUAUUGCCUAUCCAGAUGAGCUGUUGGACGACAGGAAACUCGAAGAGUUUUACAAGGGACUCGAAUUGACUUCCGGUGAUUACUUAGGAAGUGUCUUAAACAUGACUACCUUUGGAACGAAUUUCUCGUUCGGUAGACUAAGGAAGCCAGUGAACAAAACUGAAUGGAUAGCUCAUGGAAGGCCGGCUGUCGUUAACGCGUUCUAUUCGUCAAUUGAAAACAGUAUUCAAUUCCCCGCUGGUAUUUUGCAAGGCACGUUCUUUAGCAACGAUCGGCCACGUUACAUGAACUACGGUGCUAUCGGCUUUGUCAUUGGCCAUGAGAUUACCCACGGCUUCGACGAUCAAGGCAGACAGUUCAAUAAGGAGGGUAAUCUCGUGGACUGGUGGGCACCGCAGACAAAGGAGUAUUAUCUCAAAAGGGCCGAGUGUAUAAUUCACCAAUAUGGAAAUUACACCGUAAAAGACGUUGGAAUGAAUUUGAAUGGCAUAAACACCCAAGGUGAGAACAUCGCCGACAACGGCGGCAUAAAAGAGGCCUAUUACGCGUACACGGAAUGGGUCAAGCGGAACAAGCCAGAACAAAAAUUGCCGGGUCUGUCCUACAGUCCGGAACAAAUGUUCUGGAUAAGUGCUGCCAAUACUUGGUGCAGCAACUACCGACCGGAAGCAAUGAAGGUGCGCAUCACGACAGGAUUCCACAGCCCCGGCGAGUUUCGUGUACGAGGACCGUUCUCGAACAUGGAGGAGUUUUCACGCGACUUCAACUGCCCGAUCGGCUCGAACAUGAAUCCCGAGAAAAAGUGUACCGUAUGGUAGAUCUCGAAAGCCAAUGAUGGAGUCCACUGUACGCGUUUCGCGAUCGCUUUUAAUCCUAGAAGUCGCCAACGUCAAUUCCUCGUUAUUUCUUCAAAACAAUACUACCGUUUUGUAGCUUAAUAAUAAAGGGAUCUGAAUGCGUAACGUUUUCAUUGAUCGGUUAUUGUUUACUUUUAAAAAUUAGAUUAUUAUAUUAUAUUAAGUUUUAUAAGACUAAAUAAUUAAGCAAUCAUUAUGAGAUUUGCGUACACGUGACUUGAGCGUGCGCUGUCGCUUCUAGGAUUAAUGAACGCAAAGGAAUUGUUUGACCUCAUAUUUGCAAAAUAUGGAGAUAACUUAUUCCCUUUUUACGGUAUUCUGUCGAAUGACGGGCAGAAGAUGCUUUAUCAACGAUGCCGUUUGAAAGAAAGAACUGAAGUUUUACAAUAAGGCAAAGUGUACGAAGAUCUAAGAAAAUAUUCCCUGCAGGGAACCUAUAGAUCCGAUUUUCGAUUUUAGAAGCGCGAUAUAUAUAUAUAUAUAUAUAUAUAUAUAUAUAUAUAUAUUAUAUUACGCGUAUUAUGCAUCAUUUUUCGUAAAGAAUUUUUAUAAGAGAAACCACAUGCCAGGACACGCGCAAGUAUAAAUAGAAAGGAAAUGAACUAACGACAGAUUCGAAAGGAUUAAUUAGUUCCACUUGUAUGAAGUUUAUGGUUUAACUAUCUUUAAUGUACGGGGCAUAGUGAGGAAUUUCUGUGCCAAUAUGUCAAAAAUUUUAGAUAAUUCCAUGACGGAGUUGACUCGCAACAUUAAGCUAAAUUAUCUAACUGUUUCUAGUUAAGAAUACAUUUGCGUGAUUAAUGCAAGAGAAAAAUGUUGAUAGCUUCGUUAAAAACCCGCUUUUCAUUCUUUCUUAUUGUUGACAGCUUUGUUAAGUCUCGCUUUUUAGAAUAAAUCUUUAAGUAUUCUGUUGGAUAUGGAAUAGUAAAUAGUAUACGCUAUACAUAUUAUACAUAAGAUAAUUCGUAAGGCUGGAAGUUUCAACAGCGAAAGAAUUACAAAUAUUUUUCGAGAAAUUUGAUGCUUUUUAUAAAAAAAAGAUUUUAACGAGAAUCGUUGCUUGUCGCAACUAUUUUACGUUAGGUAUUAUUUAGUAGUAUUAUGAGAAAUAUUCCGAAGCACAAAUUAAAUUCUUGUUAAAACGUUUGUAAUUAAAUAAACCUAAAAAGAUCACAUCUUCUUCGUCAAAAGUUAAUUGCAACAUUGCAGCAUUAAUUAAUAUUAAAUGAAUUAAAACUUGCGUUUCUGUUUAAAUUCUCCAACAUGAGCAUGCUUGUUACCGAUCUCCGAUUUUCUACGAAUCGCGUUUCGUACGUACGUAUAUACGUCUAGUUGUACGUUGUCAGCGUGUCGUAUACCGAUGUUUUAAUGCGAUUUCGCUAUUUAUCAAUUGUGCCGGGCUACUCUCGGACAAAGUAGUCGUAGAGUUACCGUUUCGAAGUACUUAGGGCAACUUGUUACAAGUAUUACUGCGAUUGAAUUACGAUGUUCGCGCUCGAUUACCCGCAUAUUAACUCCAUAUUCUUUGCAUCCGUAUGUAUGCAUAGAGCAUUUUUAUUUUUACGCCACGUCCCUUCCUCCCCUAGAUAUAUAUUGCAUUUUGCAGUUCUCGUAUUUAUUAUUACACGACAACAGUUAGAUCAUGUGUACCAUAAGUUUAAAUGAAAAAGAAGAUAAGGAACGUAUGUAUCUCAUAAGGUAUUUGUUGAAUGUAAAAGUUUAAUACAGAAAAAUCUCAUAUAAAUAUACAUAUCGAACUGUAUUUUAUGCAUAUCCUAGAAAGGUACCGAUAUGUACAAUGUGAUGAAAUAAAUCGUUGGUAAUGUCGGCUUAUUA